CUUUCUGUUUCCAUUCCGCCUAGUCUCGGAAGAGAGAAACAAAAGACUAACAAAAAACUUAUUCUUUUGUAUCCUUUACCUCUUGUUUCUCAUAAGUUUUCUGGGUAUUUCCUUUGGGUUUGUUUUGUGUUUCUGUUGCAAGAAAAAGAAGAAGAGAGGCAGUGAGUAGCUGUAGUUUAACUGGAGUUUAAGCUUGGGUUUUUAAUUUUCUCAAGUGGACUGAAGUCGUUUAUUGUGGUUCAAGGAAAUGAGUUUUGGAUCGUGAAGUCACCAAGUUUACACCUUUUUCUUCUUCUUCUGAAAAUGGGUUCAGCGUUAAAGCAAACAUUGAAGAAUCUUUGUUGUAGUAAUGGGUGGUCUUAUGGUGUUUUUUGGCGCUUUGAUCACAGAAAUUCCAUGUUGUUAACAAUGGAAGAUGCCUACUAUGAACAGAAAAUUGGUCCAUUAAUUGACAACAUGCAUCUAAAAUUCCACAUCCUUGGUGAAGGAAUAAUUGGCCAAGCUGCUUUCACUGGAAAACAUCAAUGGAUUUUCUCAGACCAAUUUUCAUCUGGUAAUGAAAAUAUAUUCCAGGAUGAAUCUGAGUUACAAGACCAAUUUUCAUCUGGGAUCAAGACAAUUGCAGUAGUUUCUGUAGGAAGAUGGGGAGUGGUUCAGUUUGGAUCCCCAAAGAAGAUUUUUGAGAGGUUGGAAUUUUUGACUGAAACGGAGAAGUUGUUUCAUGACAUGACAAGUUGUCAUUGGCGUAUGCCUUUCGAAAUCGAAACUUGUAAUCCUGAUGGAUUGUUUGCUUCCCUCACAUCUGGUGGAAGAUUUUGCAAUGAGAAUGUGACAACUGAACAAGGCGGGGCCUGCUCUAGAGAGCCAACGGGAUGGUCACGUUCCUUCCAAAAUCUCACUGAAUCCUUCCGCUUUGUGCAUGGGGUUCAAAACAAGAAUAUGAACUUUGAUAAGAAUUCUCGUAUUAACUGCCUGGCUGCUAAUACCCCUUGCGCUAGUCCUUGGGACAGGGAGGAUUCAAUUUUGACAUUAAAUGAGACGUCAUAUCCGACUGAAAGGGGUGUGUGGGAUCCUUCAAUUGCACUUCCUAAAAUGGGUAAUGGUCUUGAACUUGGUGGAAAUACAGAACAAAAUUUACAGGGUGGUUCCGCAUUUACAUCAUUUUAUAGCACAGGAGAAUUGGUUGAUGCAGAUUCGCAUAAUCUAGAUAAAUUCGGCGAAACAGAACAGAAACAGCAUUCUUUUGACACCAACACUGGACUUCUGGAUAGUGUAAUUAGCCUACAGAGAAGAACAGAGGAUUUUAACCUAGCUGACUUUACAACAGAUCUCUCCAGCUCCUUUACAAUGGACGAUCUCUUUCAGUGGUUUUCUCCUUCACCCCAGCAACACAUUCAGGAAGCAGGAGCUACAAUGAGUGAUCCUUCAUGUUCUGUAGGGGUUAUCUCUAUGCCAUCCAUUCAGAUAGGAGGUGAUGCAAUUAUCGACAAUCCAGUCAGACAAGCAGCUAAUUCAUCGCAAAGCUCCGUCAUCGAUGCAUUCAUAUCUAAUAUAGAGAAAUCUUCAACUGUUCAUGGUAAUGGAAAAGAUCUGUUUAGUGAUAUUGGAAUGGAUUUCAAAUUUCGAAAAGCGGGGGAGUCCUCAGAAGAUGUCAUUAUGCCUUUAUUGCAUGGUGAUAACUCGGCUUUUACUUCUGGAAUUUCAUCAUUGACAUCAGAAUUGGAUGUUCAUUCCAUGACUGGCAAGAGAAAAGGAUUAUUCUCUGAACUUGGGCUUGAAGAGCUUCUAGGUUGUGUUAGUAAUUCUUCUUAUGUUACCAAAUCUAGUGUUGAGGAUCAAUUUUCCACUAUUAAAAGAAGGAAAACCGGAAGUUCUUCGUCUAAUUUUCAUCAAGGUCAGCUUGAAGGCCUUACUUGCUCAGGUGGGAGCAUGAAUCUGGUGCAGCAUUCACAUACCUGGGACAAUAGUAAUAAUACUAUUUUCAAAAAAGAAGUUCACCUAAAAUCACAAGUAGGUCUAUGGAUUGAUGAUAGCUAUAGUGUAAAUGCUGUUGCUGCAACUUCAAAGAAGCCCACCAGGAAAAGAGCUAAACCUGGUGAAAGUACUCGACCGAGGCCCAAAGACCGUCAGCUGAUCCAAGAUCGUAUCAAAGAGCUCAGAGGGAUUAUCCCUCAUAGUGGAAAGUUGAGCAUUGAUCAUUUAUUGGAGAGGACCAUCAAAUACCUGCUUUUCUUGCAAGGCGUGACAAAAUACGCAGACAGGAUUAAACAAGCUGAUGAACCAAAGCUUAUUGGCCAGAAGAAUGGAAAGCUUCAAAAACACAAUACAAUGAAUGGUGAUGCUACAUGGGCAUUUGAAGUUGGGGCUCAGAGUAUCCCUAUUGUAGUCAAAAACCUAAAUCCACCUGGCCAAAUUCUUAUAGAGAUGCUCUGUGAAGAUCAAGGAUUCUUACUUGAGAUAGCUGAAGUCAUCAGGGGCUUUCCAUUGAAUAUCUUGAAGGGAGUAAUGGAGCUCCAAGAAGAUAAGAUAUGGGCACGAUUCAUUGUUGAGGCGGACAAGCAUGUCGAAAGGCAAGGUAUAAUUUGGUCUCUUCUCCCGCUUCUGCAGAAAAAGGAGAGCAGUGGGAUUGAUUCUUCUGCAACUCAGCCAUGUGGCGACAUGGAUGGUGGAGUUUCCCUAUUAAACAGUUACCAGCAACCUUUCCUGCUGCCUACUGUAAGCCUUGCUGAGACACUUCAAUAAUUUGAUACCUUGAGCAUUCACAUCUGAAGGACCUGCUGCAAUUGGUGUUGUGGAAAUGAAGAGCCGAAACUGAAGAUAGAGGAUGUUUCUCAUUCCAGUUUCCACUGUCUUAGACACAGAAGUACAAGAUUGAUAGGCUAGGAAAUACAAUCUCAAAGGAGUGGCAAGUGAUUUGUUUGCUGCCUUAUACAGUUUCGGAAAAGAGACGUGAAACUCCGGCGGUACAAGGAACCAAAACCUGAUAGAAACUGGUCUCAUAAUAGCCGAUUUGGUCUGCAUGUGUGGCCGGUAACUGAUGAACAUUAAACUGUAUUUCUUAGUUUUUCAAUUUUUGCAUGCCUGCUCCAGCAAUAAAUUUGUUUAUAACCCAAAGCAGACGAUAUAGUUGUAGGCUAACAGUUAAUUGUUUCUUCUUCAUCCGUUUGUUUUUUGAUUAGCACAAUAGUCAAUAGAAUCAGCUUGCUUAAA